GUUACUUUGGCGCCUUGUUUGUACACUAUCAUUUGCCUUUUGUCUGGUAUCAAUUUUAUUCUUCUGACCAACCAAAAUUGCAGACGUGAACAAUCAUGGAGUAAUUAUAUUUAACAAAUUAGCCGAUCUCCUUUGUUCCCCACCAAAUAAUAAUUUUUAGGGUCAGAAGAUAGCUAGAAACAAAAGUGGCAUCUUGAAUGUGUCACAAUCAUUUACCAAAAGUAUCCAAUGAAUCAAAUUAUAAAUAAGGAGCAGGGAAAUUUCACUUGGGGAGGGAAUGAUCAGUAGGUUCAGAGGCAUAGCAAAAGAGAAAAACAGUAACGAAAUGAUUUGGUUUGGAGAUCCGGUGAUCACUCUUUUGAGCUUUCUGUGUUUAUUCAUUCUCUUAGCUCUCAUCAAGAUCUUUCAAACUAUGGUAGACUCCAAAUCGCAUUCAAAAUUCGCUCGCUUUGCAGGGAAUCAAAGGCGUCCUUCUUACAGGCUUGUCCACGGAAGCACCCAAGAAAUCGUGAGCAUGAAAAGCGAAGCAAUGGGAAGGCCCUUGAAUUUAUCACAUGACAUACAGUCCACAGUUCAACCUCAUAUUCACUCCUGGACCAAGAUAUAUGGGAGGAGCUUUCUGCAGUGGUAUGGUACCCAAGCUCAACUAGUUAUUGGGGGACCUGAGUUGUGGAAAGAGAUACUAAAUAACAAAGAGCGAGCUUAUCCGAAAAGGGAGCCUCCACCUUAUGUAAAGAAACUAUUGGGAGAUGGCCUUGCAUCAACUGAAGGUGAAAAAUGGGGGAAACUGCGAAAGCUCGCCAACCAUGCCUUCCAUGGAGAUAUCUUAAGAAGUAUGAUUCCGACGAUGACAACUACAAUGCUAUAAAGGUGGAAAGAUCAUGAAGGAAAAGAAAUCAAAGUGUUUGAGGAAUUUAGGUUGUUGACUUCAGAAGUCGUUUCGAGGACAGCAUUUGGUAGCAGCUACUUAGAAGGGAAGAAUGUUUUCGAGAUGUUGAUGAAGUUAUUUUUCUUUAUAUUUAAAUAAUUUCAAACUCAGGUUUCCUGGCAUCAGCAAGUUUUUUAAAACCAGCAAUGAGGUCGAAUCAAAGAAGAUCGAGAAAGGAAUACGAGAUAGCAUAUUAGAAAUUGUUAAGAAAAGAGAAGAGAAGGCAACGAGUGGAGGAGAAGACGGCUUUGGGAGUGAUUUUCUUGGAUUACUUGUAAAGGCUCGCCAUGAUGCCAAUGACAAGCAAGGGAUUUCGGUUGACUAUUUGGUUGAUGAAUGCAAGACAUUUUAUUUUGCUGGACAAGAAACCACUAAUACUUUGCUGGCUUGGACUGUCUUUCUUCUGGCUUUCCAUACGGAUUGGCAGUUUGAACUUUGAAGCACACAAAAGGAGGUUCUGCAAUUAUUUGGCAAACAAACUCCAAAUGCCGAUGGACUUGCCAAACUGAAAACAGUAAGAAGUCACACAAUUUUAUUGCUUGUCUAAGUGACAAAAAUGUUCAGUUGUUUGUUUUGGGAGUAUGAAUCUGUUGACCCUAAAAACUACCAAGCCUACGUGGCGCGCAGGCCGAGUAAUUUACGAGCUAACUACGUCAUUCUAUGAAUGUGGGGCGUGCCAACUCGUCGGCCGAUGAGUAAAAUUUGUUGAU